UAAGUGAUCAUUUUGUUGUGUGGGUGGGCGCUGUUAAAUUGUGUUGUGCACUCGGGGAUUUACCAUUGGUCCAGACGAGAUUUGGGGGCAGGCGUCGACUGAACGAAGGUGAAAAUACUUGAACAAUCUCACGAGAAAAUAUGAGAUUUUACUGAUUAUUGUUUACAUUGCAAAAUGAGAACCGAACCGAAUCGAUCCGGAUUCCGCUGAAACGGAGUCGCAGAGGCACAACUUCCCCCGAAACAGAUUGGUUUGUCCCCCGCAGCGAGGAGGACGACUGCAGACGAACUUUGUUUUGAUCGGACCCGAAAUUCAUCUCACCGCCGGGGGAGAGAGGAAAAAACAGGGGGGGUAACUACAACACUGGCUCAAAGACACCACAUAUACCUGGUGGGGAAAACGCAGGGUUUCGAGGGUCGCCAUUGUGUGGGAGGAAGGUACUCAACGUAGCCGCGGUAUGGUCCUCGGGGAGAGGGAUGUGAUGGGGAUCCCCGCCUAAGGAGAACCGAAAGGCGGGUUUGGGAUACCCGGAGCUGUUGAGGCCUCCGAGGGGAAUCCUCCGUGGUCUACCUUGAGCUACACCGCGCGCUCCAGUGUCUCGGAGGCGGACAGGCAGCAACUCGAGGGACGCGGCUGUGGAUGCGGCCUAGCCUGGGAGGGUCUGCCGAGCACCGGGGAGACAACGGGGACGGUUUUAGGGUUUACAACCGGCCCUCCGGAGGACCGAGAAAAUAUCAAAUUACACCAUGAUGGAAGAACUGCAUAGCCUGGACCCCCGACGGCAGGAGCUGCUGGAGGCUCGCUUCACCGGUGUUGGUGUGGCUAAGGGCUCAGGUCAAAACGAGUCCUCCAAUCAGAGUUUAUGCAGUGUGGGCUCGCUUAGUGAUAAAGAGCCAGAGACGCCUGAGAAAAAGGCGAAUGACCAGAGAGUGAGAAAACGGAAAGCAGACAACUUCGACGGCAGCCAUGGCAAAGCCGGAUCAAGGGGGCAUAAAAUUAGUGAUUAUUUUGAGUUUGCGGGAGGUAGCGGUCCUGGUACCAGCCCUGCCAGGGGAAUUCCACCAGUGGUCCGCUCUUCCCCACAACACUCGCUAUCCAACCCCCCUGUCACGGUGCAGCAAGGAAGCCCCUCUUCCAUCGGCUCGGCCAACACAGAGCACUCGACGUGUUCGCUGAAGCCCGCUCCUCCUCACAUGCUCCACAAAGCCACCCAGUCUGACCUUACCAUAGAGAAACUAACAGCAAUGGAGAACAACAAGAACUCUGACCUGGAGAAGAAGGAGGGCCGAAUAGACGAUUUGCUCCGGGCAAACUGUGAUCUGAGGCGGCAGAUUGAUGAACAGCAGAGGAUGCUGGAGAGAUACAAGGAACGCUUAAAUAAGUGUGUGACCAUGUCCAAGAAGCUGCUGAUUGAAAAAUCGAAACAGGAGAAGAUGGCAUGCAGGGACAAAAGCAUGCAGGACAGACUUCGACUGGGUCACUUCACCACAGUGAGACAUGGAGCAUCUUUCACAGAGCAGUGGACGGAUGGAUACGCCUUUCAAAACCUUAUCAAACAACAAGAAAGGAUUAACACCCAGCGAGAGGACAUUGAAAGGCAGAGGAAGCUACUGGCCAAACGCAAGCCUCCCUCCAUGGCCCAGACUCCACCCCCGAGCUUGGAGCAAAACAAACGCAAAAGCAAGACCAACGGAACAGAAAGUGAAGCGUACGUGUGUUUUGGUUAUUUGUCUUCGCUUUAUUUACCCACUGGUUUACCAUGUGUUCAUAUUUUUGAACUUGCACUUGGGUUGGUUCUGUGUUCUCGCAGGUUAUCGCAGGCGGAGUACCACGAACAAGAGGAAAUCUUCAAGCUAAGACUAGGGCAUCUUAAGAAGGAGGAGGCGGAGAUCCAGGCGGAGCUAGAGAGGUUGGAGCGAGUGCGGAAUCUGCACAUUCGUGAACUGAAAAGGAUCCACAAUGAAGAUAAUUCCCAAUUCAAAGAUCACCCCACGCUAAAUGACCGUUAUUUGCUCCUCUAUUUACUUGGACGAGGAGGUUUCAGUGAAGUUUACAAGGCCUUUGACCUAACAGAGCAAAGGUAUGUUGCGGUCAAAAUCCACCAGUUAAACAAGAACUGGAGGGAUGAGAAGAAGGAAAAUUAUCACAAACAUGCAUGCAGAGAAUAUAGAAUCCAUAAAGAGCUGGACCAUCCACGAAUAGUUAAACUCUACGACUACUUUUCGCUCGACACUGACUCGUUCUGCACCGUCUUGGAGUACUGCGAGGGCAACGACUUGGACUUCUACCUGAAGCAGCACAAGCUCAUGUCUGAGAAAGAGGGCCGCUCCAUCAUUAUGCAGAUUGUCAAUGCCCUCAAGUACCUGAAUGAGAUCAGACCGCCCAUUAUCCACUAUGACCUUAAACCUGGCAACAUCCUCCUGGUGAAUGGCACUGCAUGUGGGGAGAUCAAGAUCACAGAUUUUGGCCUUUCAAAGAUAAUGGAUGACGACAGCUACAACUCGGUAGACGGGAUGGAGCUGACGUCACAGGGAGCAGGGACCUACUGGUACCUGCCCCCUGAGUGCUUUGUGGUUGGCAAGGAACCCCCCAAAAUCUCCAACAAGGUGGAUGUGUGGUCUGUGGGAGUCAUUUUCUACCAGUGUUUGUAUGGCCGAAAGCCAUUCGGUCACAACCAGUCCCAGCAAGACAUCCUGCAGGAGAACACCAUACUGAAGGCAACAGAUGUGCAGUUUCCUCCUAAACCAGUAGUUACACCUGAAGCUAAGGCCUUUGUAAGGCGCUGUUUAGUGUACCGUAAGGAGGACCGCAUCGAUGUGCACCAGCUGUCCAGUGACCCCUUCCUCAUGCCCCACAUCCGCAAGUCGGUGGCCUCGUCGGGCACUUCGGGCACGGCCGUGGCCUCCACAUCCAGCUCCUCCAACAGCAGCGCCUCAAACUGAACUGACUGCCUGAACCAUAUGAAAGAGUCAAGUGGGUGGGUGCAGCACCGAACUGUCCACCUUCCAAUUAGCAUCCCACCUUGCCAUGAAGAGUCCAAGAGAAGAGGUCGGACGACAGCAAAGGGUGCGUGAGGAGUCAUGGUCGGCUUGGCAGGGGAGACAGACGUCAGCCUUCAGCCCUCUCAUGUCCACCCACCCCGACUUACCUGUCCUCCUUUCUCAAAGAAGGGUGGCAUUGUUCUGGGGGUCAAAGCCCUGGACGACUCAGUUGGUUAAAAGGGGGGUUUCGGUGUUUUGGCUUUUUCCCCUCAGCUCGAAAAAAGAAAAUACAAAGAAGUACAGAACUGCUUCAGCUUGGCCAGAUGAAAAGGACUGCGGGAGGCACCAUACCUGUACGCACUCACACACAUACACCAUGCAUGAGCCAUUCUGCUCCAAGGUAGUCUGAACUCCCCAAGCUCAAACAUUUAGUUUUUUCUCAUUUCCCUGAACCCGGUGGAGAGAACCAGUCUGCCCUGUUAUUGUUUUGGACCCUAAAUAUCUAUGGCUCCGUUUUAUCCAACUCGCUGUUUCUGGGAUCCUCUGCCCCACUUAAAUUCCAGACCCAGAUAGUGUUUGACGAGGCGGGAUAGAAGCUACUACCCCAUCUCCACGCUCGCCCUCCGUCUCCUCGUCAAACUCCUGUGACCAAAGCUUUUAACUUCCAGCUGGUGGCAGUGUUCCACCUCAGUUUUAUAAUGAAGGGUUUUAGAGUCGUGUUACGUGAUCUGGAGUGGAAGCUGUUGAGGAAUGACCCCUUUUUACAUUUUUUUAUUUUUUGUUUUUUUCAAAGAACACUUUUCAAUGCAACCAGUUUUAUGGACAAAACUGUUGUUUUUUCAAGUUGCCUUUCACUAGAGCUGUUCUCGUUUUGAUUGAUAUCCCCCCCCCCCCCCCCCUACCAUAAACACAUAUUUAUUUAGGUAUGUUUUGAAUUUAUUUUUGGCCAAUGAAAUGCAAGCGACUGGUUUACCUUAUAGUACUAUGGGGGAGAUUGGGCCUUAGCAGACAGUUGCAUAAACCAUUAAAUACUAUUGGUUAAAAAUGUGUUUGUUGUUCUGGGUUUAAUAUCACAGGACCAACUUCUGUCUACAACACAGCUGACAAUGUAUUCAUGAGUAUGAUGUCUGUACUUAGUUUCUGUUCAUUAUUCUCUGUAAAAUUGGUUUCACUGAUUAGAAAUCAAUUAUUUAUCCAGAUGCAUUCAAGCCUUUCCAAGUCAGUGCUAAAACCUCGUUGAUAUCUUGUAGUGUUAAUAUACCAAAUCACGUUUAGUUUUUCUGAUAAGGGAGUAAAUGGGUCAGGAAACAGAUGGUAUAGUUCGAUGGUAAUUUCACAUUGACUGAAGCCUGCUCCAUAAAUGAUCAGAUUUUUACGGCUACUUAUAAUAUUUGUGUAAUGCACAAGAAAAAUUUGUAGAGCGUCUAAAAUCUGGUUUGGGAGUUCAGGAGUGGCCCUGCUUCUGUCGGGAGAAUACAAAAGCCAAAGAUAAAUAUUCAACAGCUUCUUAUUUGUCCUGUGUCUCUCAAGUGACAUGUUGAACAAUAUUUGACAAGCAUUUGAGCACACAAUCCGGGAUGCGUGAGAACUCGAUCUGAGGCCACCAAUUGGAUAGAACUGUCUCACACACUUCAGCAGCUGACCUCUAAUGUUAUUUUCAUUUUUUCUAGCAAGUCGCUCUCAGCAGACGGGUUUAUUGGACAGGAUAUGUCAGCUUUAGACAUUAAGAUGUAAGACUGUUUUUUUUGUCCAACUAUAUUUGUUAAUAGAAAGCUUUAGAAGACUCAAUCACUGAAAGUGGUACUAAAUCAUUACUACCAAGAUUCAAGUCCACUAAUGCAAAGGCAAAUAAUGAUAAAUGUACUGUAUAAGCUGUGAGGACUUAACUGAAAUAUUACAUUGUGUGAUUGAAUUUUCUCUUCCAUGUCACGACUCAUGGGUCAACGACACAGACGAGCAAGACUUAUACUUUUGUUCAUAUUAAUAACACAUCCUCAAACCUUUAUAGUUUCUAGAGAAAGGAACUUAUAACCAGCAACAUAUUGGGUCUUUUGAAAGUAUCUUAUCUUGUUUAGGCUAAGUCAAAUGGACCAGUAAUCAAAAUGAUGGUAAAAAGGCUAAAGCUCAAAUUUGAUCAAAGAAUGGCUAAGCUUGCCUAAAAUAAUAUACUGGAUUCUUUUAUCUGGGAGGAAAUAUGCUUUUGGAUCAAUGAUCCAGCUUUCCAUGGGGAUUAAUUCAGAAAAGGCUUGUUCACUUUAAAUUGGCUGAAAUCACCAUAGCUGCACGGCUACUUCACGCUAUCGGAGCAAAGCCUGUCCACAGCCAAACCCCUGAAACCCUCACAUCACUGGAAACAUGCAAGUCAUUCUUUCUACAGGGUCCUGACUGGGACAAAAAGCUUUACACAGAGAUCAACAGAAUUUUUUAUAGUUAAGUAGAAAUAUUUGGCAGUUCUAGUUAUACCCAAUAAUAAUAAAUAGUUGCACUUAUAUAUUGCACUUACAUGUAGCACUUUGUAGUUUGGCUUUUUUUUUAAAGCUACUGUUCUUAAAUGAUUCUUCUUGUUCUGGGUUUGCCUCAUGGUUGAAUGCACUUUUUGUAAGUUGCUUUGGAUAAAAGAGUCAGCUAAAUGAAAUGUAAUGUAAUGUAGUGUAAUAUGAUUUUAACACAAAUGGAGGGAUAGCUUAUUACAGAGAAUGUAGACUGGUGACAUUUACAGCUGUUUUAACUGUGCAAAGAUUCUAUAAUUAGGGUGUGUGACAGUGCUGCUCAGAAAAACACUUCACACAUCUGCUGUCUCUUAUAAGGAAAAAAUAUCCACAAAUUGUUAUAAAUAUCUGGUUAUAAAUUGAA